AUGCUCCGCGGCCAGACCCUCCCCUGGAGAGCUGCGCUCCAGCAGACACCUCGCGCAUUUCUCCGGAAGCACCCCUUGUUGACCCCAAGGUACAAUGCAAACGUUCGAUCAGCAUUAAGCGCCGGCUACCUCAGUCGUGCGACUCCCUCGGUUCCCCGCAUGUUCUCGUCCAGUCCCAUCCACCGAAAAGACAAACCGCCACCAGAGGAUCCGAAAGAUGAGGAAGUGCAGAACGAGGAGGAGGGUGCAGCCGGGGAGACACAGGAUACCGACCUGCCCCCAGAGGCCCGCAAGAAAGCUGGCGAUUCAGGGAAGAAUGCUGCUGAGCAGGGUUCUUCACGGCGGAAAGACAAGUUAGCCAACGAAAAAGAACAGCGCGCAUUAGAGGAAGAAGAAAAGAAAAGCACGAGUGCAAAUGAAGGCAAAGGCGACUCAAACCAAAGCCCAUCGCCCAUACCACCAAGCGGUGGCGGCUCCGAUCCAAAGCCUAGCUCCGCAGCUGGCAGCGGCAGCGGUGGAAAUGAUGAUGGCGGCAAAAAAGGCAAGAGGGGAUCAUCUGAGAAGUCAUUGCAAAAGCCCGCUGUCCCAGAUGUGUAUCCACAGGUCAUGGCCAUUCCUAUUGCGAAGCGUCCGCUGUUCCCCGGAUUUUAUAAAGCGAUUACUAUUCGUGACCCGAGUGUUGCUGUUGCGAUCCAGGAAAUGAUGAAGCGUGGUCAGCCAUAUGUCGGAGCGUUCUUAUUCAAGGACGACCAAGCUGAUGGUGAUGUGAUUGAGAAUUUGGAUGAUGUGUACGAAACUGGUGUAUUCGCUCAAAUUACUGCGGCCUACCCUCUCCGCGGCGAGGCAAGCGGUGUGACGGCUGUCCUAUACCCCCACCGCCGUAUCAAGAUCUCGUCCCUUCUUCCACCCAGUGAGACCACCAAGGGAGCUCCUACUGAGGAGAGGACAGAAAAGCGAGGCGAUGUCGUGGCUAGUUUUGAGGAGGGCGCUGCGGAGCUUGUGUCAAAGGAUCACUAUGAGCCUACCUCUUUCCUCAAGAAGUAUCCGGUCAGCUUGGUCAACGUGGAGAAUCUAGCGGAGGAGCCAUAUGACAAGAAAAGUGGUAUUAUCCGAGCCGUGACCAGUGAGAUUGUCAAUGUGUGCAAAGAAAUCGCCACUUUGAAUCCUCUAUUCCGCGACCAGAUCUCGGCUUUCUACACCGAUCAGUUCCCUGGAAACCUCAGUGAUGAGCCUGCUAAGCUCGCAGACUUUGCCGCUGCGGUUUCAGCUGGCGAGCUCCAUGAGAUGCAGGAUGUGCUAGAGACUAUGAACAUCGAAGAGCGUUUGCCUAAGGCUCUCGUCGUCUUGAAGAAGGAACUGAUGAACGCACAGCUUCAGUCCAAGAUUACCAAGGACGUUGAAGCCAAGAUCCAGAAGCGUCAGCGUGAAUACUGGCUCAUGGAGCAAAUGAAGGGUAUCAAGCGGGAGCUUGGAAUUGAGUCAGAUGGCAAGGAUAAGCUUGUGGAGAAGUUCAAGGAGAAAGCGGCGAAGCUCGCCAUGCCGGAGGCUGUCAAGAAGGUUUUCGAAGAAGAGCUCAAUAAGCUUGCGCAUCUCGAGCCAGCUGCCUCUGAAUUCAAUGUCACUCGCAACUACUUGGAUUGGUUGACCCAGAUCCCCUGGGGUCAGAAGAGCGUGGAGAACUUCGGAAUCAAGAAUGCUGUUACAGUUCUUGAUGAAGACCACUACGGUUUGAAGGACGUGAAGGACCGGAUUCUGGAGUUCAUUGCUGUCGGUAAGCUUCGGGGCACCGUGGAAGGAAAGAUUCUCUGCCUUGUUGGCCCUCCCGGUGUGGGAAAGACUAGUAUCGGUAAAUCGGUGGCUCGUGCUUUGAACCGACAAUACUACCGUUUCUCCGUGGGUGGGUUGACUGACGUUGCGGAGAUAAAGGGUCACCGACGAACCUAUGUUGGUGCUCUCCCCGGACGUAUCAUCCAGGCUCUGAAGAAGUGCCAGACCGAGAACCCUCUCAUCCUCAUUGAUGAAGUGGACAAGAUCGGACGUGGGCACCAAGGCGACCCAUCAUCUGCCUUGCUUGAAUUGCUCGAUCCCGAACAAAACUCCUCAUUUUUGGAUCACUACAUGGAUGUCCCUGUCGAUCUAUCUAAGGUUCUUUUCGUUUGCACGGCUAAUGUCACCGAUACUAUUCCUCGACCAUUACUCGACCGCAUGGAAUUGAUUGAGCUCUCUGGCUAUGUUGCUGACGAGAAAAUGGCCAUUGCUGAGCGAUACCUGGCCCCUGCUGCUCGAGAACUCACUGGCCUGAAGGAUGUCGAUGUGACUCUGCAGCAGGAGGCGAUCGAGGAGCUCAUCAAGUCCUACUGCCGCGAGAGUGGUGUUCGAAACCUUAAGAAGCAAAUUGAAAAGGUCUACCGAAAGGCCGCUUUCAAGAUCGUGCAGGAUAUUGGCGAGGAUGUCUUGUCGGAAGAGGCUGCUUUGACUGAUGAGGGCAAGGCUGCCGCUGAGGAAUCUAAGGAGCAUGAGCCAUCCGACCCGGCCGGCACCCCCAUCGAACCAGAGACGGCAACUACCGAGACUCCUCGACGUGCACUCAAGGUCCCGGAAAGUGUCCAGCUAAGCAUCGGCAAGGAUACCUUGAAGGACUAUGUCGGUCCUCCAGUGUUCACUGCCGACCGUUUGUAUGAAACCCUCCCACCCGGUGUGACCAUGGGUCUGGCAUGGACCAGCAUGGGUGGUGCCGCGCUAUAUGUUGAGUGCAUUCUGGAGAAUGCAUUGAGUCACAAUUCUCGACCUGGUCUGGAGAUCACCGGCAACCUGCAAAAUGUCAUGAAAGAGUCGUCGCACAUCGCCUACUCGUUUGCCAAGUCAGUUAUGGCGCGCCAAUUCCCUGAGAAUCGAUUCUUUGAGAAGGCGAAGGUCCACCUGCACUGCCCCGAGGGUGCUGUUCCGAAGGACGGUCCCUCUGCCGGAAUUACCAUGACAAGCUCGCUUUUGUCGCUGGCGCUUAAUCACCCGCUUGACCCAACCGUUGCCAUGACUGGAGAGCUGACUGUGACCGGCAAAGUGCUUCGCAUUGGAGGCUUGCGCGAGAAGACCGUGGCUGCGCGCCGGGCGGGAGCGACCAAGAUUAUCUUCCCAGCAGACAACACAUCUGACUGGCUUGAGCUGCCUGAGAACAUCAAGAAGGGUAUUGAAGGCCAUCCGGUCAGCUGGUAUUCUGAAGUGUUCGACCUUCUCUUCCCAACCUUGGACCGAGAGGCCGCUAGCACCAUCUGGCAGCAGGCGCUCCGCAAGCCCGAGGGCAAGGACGAGGAGAGCCGCGACGAGUAG